CCGAUUAGGGAGCUAAACAUGAAGCAGAGAUUGCUAGUGCUCGUGCUCGUGAUAUCGUCGGUGUACGCUUCUCCGGCCGCCUCGGCGUUCGCUGGAGAUGUCCGUGUCGCGCUAAAGCAUGUCGACGCCGGGAAGCAGCUGUCCAGGUCCGAGCUCAUCCGGCGCGCCAUGCAGCGGAGCAAGGCGAGGGCGGCCGCGCUCUCCGUGGUGAGGAACGGCGGCGGCACGCGGUUCUCUGGCGAGAGCGGGCAGAAGCAGCCUGGUGGCAUGCCGGUGCGCCCGUCAGGGGACCUCGAGUACGUGCUCGACCUCGCCAUCGGCACGCCGCCGCAGCCCGUCUCGGCGUUGCUAGACACCGGCAGCGACCUCAUCUGGACGCAGUGUGCGCCGUGCGCCAACUGCCUUGCGCAGCCGGACCCGCUGUUCGCGCCGGGAGAGUCGGCGUCGUACGAGCCCAUGCGGUGCUCCGGGCAGCUCUGCUCCGACAUUCUGCACCACAGCUGCCAGAGGCCGGACACGUGUACCUACCGGUACACCUACGGCGACGGGACGAUGACCAUGGGCGUCUACGCCACCGAGCGGUUCACGUUCACGUCGUCGUCCGGCGAGAAGCUAAACGUCCCGCUCGGGUUCGGCUGCGGCUCGAUGAACGUCGGCAGUCUGAACAACGGCUCCGGCAUCGUGGGCUUCGGCCGGGACCCGCUCUCGCUGGUGUCCCAGCUCUCCAUCCGCCGCUUCUCCUACUGCCUCACGCCCUACACCAGCGGCAGGAAGAGCACCCUCCUGUUUGGCUCCCUCUCCGACGGCGUCUACGGCGACGCCACCGGCCCCGUACAGACCACGGCGCUCCUGCAGAGCCCUCAGAACCCGACCUUCUACUACGUCCACGUCACCGGCGUGACGGUCGGAACGAGGCGGCUGCGGAUACCGGAGUCGGCGUUCGCGCUCAGGCCCGACGGCUCGGGCGGGGUGAUCGUCGACUCCGGCACGGCGCUCACGCUGCUCCCGCGGGCGGUGCUCGCAGUGGUAGUGCGAGCUUUCUGGGUGCAGCUGAGGCUGCCGUUCGCGAACGGCAGCAGCCCCGACGACGGCGUGUGCUUUCUGGUGCCGGGGGGCCGGAGGCGCGCGUCGUCGCAGGUGGCGGUCCCGAGUGUGGUGUUCCACUUCCAGGGCGCGGACCUCGACCUGCCGCGGCGCAACUACGUCCUGGACGACCACAAGAACGGCCGCCUAUGCCUCCUCCUGGCGGACUCAGGCGACGACGGCUCGACGAUAGGCAACCUGGUGCAACAGGACAUGCGCGUGUUGUACGAUCUGGAGGCCGAGACCUUGUCAUUCGCUCCGGCGCAGUGCUGACGCGCGCGCAAGGAGCAGCGGAGCGUGGUGUUGAGGAUGCAUGCGGAGUCAGUGUACGUGUGUUGACCAUGCAGCAAAUGCAAGUCAGCAAUAAAUGAUUUAUGGGUAGCCCGUACCCACUACUCUUCGGCCUGGCCCAAUUUAGGUUCUAUGUUCAGAUGAAAGUGCCAGGUGCUUCUCUACUUGGGCUGAAAUUGCGGCCCUGAUGCAUUUCGUGGCGUAUUUUUUUUCCUACUGAUCUUCUCCCGAAAAAGGAAGUGAAAAUACGAUUUUAGUGAUGGAGGGGGGCUUCCUCAAUGUUGUGAUCUCAUGCUCUCAUCAAAUAAGUUCCCUAGG